AUGAAACCAUUCAACACUGGACACGAGGAGCUGGUGCACGACGUUGCGUACGACUUUUACGGCCGUCGAAUUGCCACCUGUUCGUCCGAUACCACUGUCAAGGUCUUUGACCGAAACGAUUCGACUGGCGAAUGGGAUAUCAGCGACUCUUGGAAGGCCCAUGAUGCCUCCAUCAUCAAGGUGUGCUGGGCCAAUCCCGAGUUCGGCAAGGUUCUGGCCACAUGUUCUCACGAUUCUACUAUCAAGAUCUGGGAGGAAAACAUCCGCGAGAAGCAGAACAGUGGAAAGCGAUGGAAGCGGGUGGCCACUAUCACCGAUCACAAGGGGCCUAUUUACGACCUGGCCUUCUCGCCUAGCCACUGCGGUCUCAAGCUGGCAUCUAUCUCCACCGAUGGACAAUUCAAGAUUCAUGAGGCUUUGGAUCCUAAUGCUAUCAGCUCGUGGACUAACAUUUUCGAAACCAACACACUGAGUAGUGCCCCCAGUCGGCAAUUGCAGAGUUCAUUCUGCUUAUCGUGGGGCAAAUCACGGUUUUCCAAGGAAUACGUGGUUGCAUGUGCCCUGGAACAGUCGUAUAUCUACCAGAGACAGGAAAACGGCAAAUACACACAGACAGGCCAGCUGCCUGCUCAUGGAUCCAUCAUCAGAGAUAUUUCGUGGGCUCCUAGUAUUGGAAGGGGGUACCAGCUGAUUGCUACUGCUUGCAAGGAUGGUUUGGUUCGAAUCUUCAAAAUUGAGGAGCCUCUGACUGAGAGUGGACAACUGCAGGUGUCUCUGAUAAACCAGUUCGAUGAUCACAAGGGAGAUGUUUGGCGUGUAUCUUGGAACCUCACUGGAACAAUCCUGUCGUCCGCAGGAGAUGAUGGACGGGUCAGACUGUGGAAAUCUACUUACAACAAGGAGUUCCAGUGUGUGGGUAUCGUUUCUGCUGAGCAGAAGCAUGACGCUAUUGAGGAUUAG